AUGUCGUGGCUCUUCGGUUCAUCCAGCGGUUCCGCUGAAAAGACUCCCAUUCCCGUCGCGGCCGAAGCCCCGGCAGAAAAGCCCAAGCCAUGCUGCGUAUGCAAGACCGAAAAGACCGCCCGAGACGAUUGCAUGCUCUUCUCCAAAUCCGAUGACCCAGCGCAGGAAUGCAAGUCCACGAUCGAGCAGUACAAGGCCUGCAUGGCUGGGUUCGGCUUCAAGGUCUAA